AUGUCGGAUCAAGCAACAGACAAAAACGCCGUGGCCGAUGACGGCGAGGUCGGGAUCGAGGAAGAAGUGAGAGACUUCGCCGCUCGUUUCGCGCGCCUCGUCGUCAGCCGCUCCUUCCGAGAAGGCGGCGGGGCGGCCGCCGCCGACGGCGGCGGCGGCGGCAGUGGCAGCGAAGGUGGCGGCAGCGCUACAACCGCGGCGGCGGCCUCCGCGACUCCGCGUCCAGGAGGCGCUGCUGCUGCUGCUGCUGCUGCUAGCGGUGACAGCGGUAGGAAUCCCGGCGGAUCGUCGUCGUUGCGACCGGGUGAGCGGAGCGCCCUGGGAUCGUACGUGGCGGAGGCCGAGCUCAGCCUGCGAGGGUCGCAACGGCUCGGGGCGCAGCUCGAGAAGGACGCCGGCAUGCUGCGGUCGAAGGUGUUCCCGGCCUUACUAGAGAACGCCCGAAAGCUGCACGCGUUGUACGUGGCCAUCGACCGGGUGACCGAGGAGGUCAUGCCUGAGGUGGACGCGACGGUCAAGCGGAUGGAGAAGGCCGUCUACGAUCUCGAGGAGAUGAGAAAGGAGCAGGUCGACACGAGAGCCCCGCAGGGGUCGUUUGGGCUGGGGUUGGCCCUGGGGGCCGGGCUGUGGUUCCCUCAGAUGAAAGAGAAGGGCGUCACCGUGCCGGAGGUCUUCGACACAGACAAGCUCUUCCGAGUCGAGGAAGGUGGUUUGGCUCCUCUUUGAGACGAACGGGCAGGGGAGGCGAUCAUAAAGACGUUAUUUUUUCUUCGCUCUAGACGUGUUGGCUCUGUAAGAACAAUGCAUGAAGGCUUCAAACAUGAACAAUCCACAUUGUUGAGGGAUCGGGGGCGAUUCCGUCACUACAUUUCCGUCGAUGUAAAGCGUGAAGUAAAUUAAGGUGUGACUGUCUAAAAUCUGGGUUUGGUUCGUUCUCUCAUUUUUAAUGUUUCCACGUCUUUUUGGGUGCUUGGGGACCAGCCAUCAGCCGCCGUCCUUCAAUUCUUCCACUCUUGUCAUGUAUAUAUCGUAAUGGCCUCGUGGAAAGAAAAUGAUUUCGAGACCAACACGAAUCUCGUUCGUGGACAGUUUCAGACUCUUGUAAAGAGACAAGAGUCAGGUGCAUCCUAGGUGCAUGCUCCGAAGGAGAAUGUUAGAAUGUUACGAUCUUUCGCGGCACCUUCGAUGCUUUUGAUCGAUCCACGUCCUUUGCCGAAGUGUCCGUUCUCUUCAGGGAGUGAGUGAUUGCCCAAAUAAAAAACUCGGAGCUGGCGCCUGUUGGCUACAAGGAUCGCUGCGAACCAAAGACAACCGCGUGCGGUGGUCGUAUAUACUGAGCUAAAUCAUGCGCUGACCACAGAGUUGGGAGCGGUUAGAUUUC